AUGAUCAAAGACCUCAGCGACUGCAACAAUCUUAUUCAAGUGCCUAAUGUAGACUCUAAAAUUCUCUCUAAGAUUAUAAAGUACUGCAACAAGCACGUUGUCGAUAACCCUGAAUCCGAAACCACUAAAGAUGAAAUCAGGCAAUGGCAUAAGGACUUCCUCAAAGUUGACCAAGAGACCCUGUUUAAACUCAUUCUUGCUGCGAACUCUAUGGAAAUCAAGAGUUUGCUAAUGGCAACAUGCAAAUAUGUAGCUAGGACUAUACAAGAAAAUACACCAGAAGAGAUCAGGAAAAUGUACAACAUCAAAAAUGAUUAUACUUCUUAACAAGAGGAAGAAAUUCGAAGACAGAACACUUGGGCUUUUGAUGCAAUCAGACGUCAUAAUUAAGAGCUAGAUGUUAAGCUGCUGCAAUUGCAUACUUCAUGUUUUAUCAUGUACUGCAUUGUUGAAUAAGUA